AGCCCGGCGCUAUGGCAUCCUGCCGGGGCUUCAGGCUCGGGCUCUUCCUCCUCUUCCUCCUCCUCCUCCUGGCCGGGAAGCGGCUGCUGCAGCGGCAGACCCAACCGUGACGGCCGCGCUGCCCCGACCAGAAGCAGGCGGAGCCCCCAGAAGUGGAACGCAGUUUCCAGGCUAAACAAAAAAAUACGCGUAAGCCAUGGAGUCCAGCCAGGAAUCCUCACUCUUCCUGGUGAAGAUACUGGAGGAGCUGGACACAAAGCAGAAUACUGUUUCUUACCAGGAUCUCUGCAAGUCCCUGUGUGCAAGGUUUGAUUUAUCCCAGUUGGCCAAGCUCAGAAGCGUGCUGUUUUACACUGCUUGCCUGGAUCCUAAUUUCCCAGCGACUUUGUUCAAAGACAAAAUGAGAUGCACUGUAAACAAUCAGCAAUCAAAGAAAAUCAUGGUUGCAGCAGAUAUAGUAACAAUAUUCAACCUCAUACAAAUGAACGGGGGAGUGGCCAAGGAGAAGCUUCCAGUUGCAAGGCAUAAAGUGAAGAAGAAAGAGUCCUUUGAGUCCUGUAGGUCUGACACGGAAAUCUGCAAUAUGGCAGACUGUGUGCCCGACUGCGUGCCCAACUGCGAGCUGAACGACCAGGAGUUCAGCCGGGGCUUUCCAGUCAGAAGGUCUUCAAAAUGCAGAAAGAUGGACUGCAAAGACUGCCAGCAGUUUGUCCCCUCAUCAGAACCCAACUUUUUGCUUGGCGUUAAUAAGGACAUGAAGGGCCGGGCUGCCUCUCUGGACAGGCUGCAGGCACUGGCGUCCUACUCCAUCGCCACUUCCCCACCGUGUGAGAUGCAGAGUACAUAUUUCCCCAUGAACAUUGAAAAUGAAUCUAUUUCAGACCAGGAUUCCUUGCCUAUAAGUGCAGGCAUAAAGGAAACUUUCAUUUCAAAUGAUGAGCCUUUCAUGAUGCAGUCGUGUGUCCAGAAAAGAAAUAUAUUCAAAGAAGAUUUUCAUAAUCUGAUUACAAUAUCUCCCAACUUAAUACCAUCCAACAAAACGCCAGAAGAUGGACACAGAGAGCCUCAAAACAGGAAAGAAAGCUCUAAGCAGACUUUCUUUAACCACAGCUUUGAAAUGCCAUACAGCAGCCAGUACCUGAAUCCAGUUUAUUCUCCUAUACCAGACAAAAGGCGAGUGAAGCAUGAAAGUUUAGAUGAUCUUCAAGCUUCAACAUAUUUUGGCCCAACUACUGUUCUUGGACCCCAGGACACCAAAAAGUGGACUGGAAAGCCAACCAAGCAGACUGCCUGGCCAGCUAAAAGCUGGAGUUUAAAUACUGAGGAAGUCCCUGACUUUGAACGAUCAUUUUUUAAUAGGAAACAGUCUGAAGAGAAGCCACGAUACCAGGCUUCCAGCAACCCAUCUCCAAACUUUCCUUCAGUUGACAGACAUCAAUCCUACCUAAAUGCAAAGGAUCAGCAACCAAUUAUGCAGGCAAACUAUGCUGUGAAACCCAAUGGGCAUAAACCCAAGGAGAUUCCUUCCAUUCUAGAUGUGGAGAAACAUGAGCCAGUCAAAAAGUUUAAGGAUAAAAGCAUUAAUUGUACUUCUGUCCAGAUCUUAAGCAUUGACAGGACCAUGAGUGUUGGGACACAAACGGAGCAGCAAGUUCUGGACCACAAGAAAUGCAAGGAUUUGUGUGCAGCUGGCCAAACCAAGUACAGCGAACGGCACUCUCUUAAGCAGUCGGAUGAUGACUCUGAAAUUGUGAGUGAUGACAUCAGUGACAUUUUCCGAUUUUUGGAUGACAUGAGUAUCAGCGGCUCCACGGGAGUGAUGCAGUCUUCAUGCUACAACAGCACUGGUUCCUUGUCUCAGGUGCAUAAAUCAGACUGUGAGAGCUCACCUGAGCACAAUUUGACUAAGAUCUCCAACGGGAGUGCCUGUAACAAAUUGGAUAAAGUGGUCCGGGCAGACAUCAGUAACACAGAUGAUGAACUGAAAACGAGUGUCUGCAAAUUGGUCUUGAGGAUUGGCGAAAUAGAGAAGAAACUGGAGUCUCUCUCAGGUGUCCGAGAAGAAAUCUCUCAAGUCCUGGGAAAAUUAAGCAAGCUGGAUCAAAAAAUCCAGCAGCCAGAGAAGGUCAGCGUACAAAUAGAUCUCAAUUCUUUGACAAGUGAUGCCGCGUCAGAUGAGAGUAACUCCCCGCAGAUAUUUCAGUGCCACAAUACUCCUCAUGGAGGCAAACUGGAGAACAAUCCAGAAUGGUGCUGUUCAGACGCCAGUGGAAGUAAUAGUGAGAGUCUUCGAGUAAAAGCCUUAAAAAAAAGUUUGUUUACUAGGAGGUCAUCGAGAUCCUUAACAGAAGAAAACAGUGCAACCGAAUCCAAAAUAGCAAGUAUUUCAAACUCUCCCCGAGACUGGAGAGCUAUUACUUACACCAACAAAGUUGGCAUUACGGAGGAGGAAAUGAAAGAGAGAGAUGGAGGAGAAAAUAAGGAUUGGCACAGGAAACCUAAAGAGGCAGACAGGCAAUACGAAAUCCCACAGCCACAUAGACUCUCUAAACAACCAAAAGAUGCUUUCUUGAUCGAGCAAGUCUUUAGUCCUCAUCCCUACCCUGCAUCACUCAAGUCACACAUGAAAAGCAAUCCACUGUACACAGACAUGAGGCUGACGGAGCUGGCUGAAGUGAAACGCGCCCAGCCAUCAUGGACCAUAGAGGAAUACACGAGGAAUUCGGGGGAUAAAGGCAAGAUUGCAGCGUUGGAUCUACAGACUCAAGAAUCUUUAAACCCAAACAACUUAGAAUACUGGAUGGAAGACAUUUAUACUCCUGGCUAUGAUUCCUUAUUAAAACGGAAAGAAGCUGAGUUCAGAAGAGCAAAGGUUUGCAAGAUCGCUGCCCUGAUCACAGCAGCAGCUUGUACUGUUAUUCUGGUCAUUGUAGUUCCCAUUUGCACAAUGAAAUCCUGAACCUGUGGACGGACCCGUGACUCCCAGCCACGUGUAUCUCAGAUAGCUCACGCUGUGUGUCAACUGGCUGAUGGCAAAACUGCUAAGGAAUUUGCUAAGGGACAAUGUUCUGAGGAUAUACUGAUGGAGAGUGCUGUAAAUGAAGGCAAAACACAGAACAGAUAGAGAAACAUUUUUGGAGAAGUCUUAUUUUAAAUAACAGACUGCGUGGUGAAGUUAAUGGGAACUUGGUUCAAUUUUUAUGCAUUUUUAAAAGUGCAAUAUUUUUUUUUCCUAAAGAAAUGAUAUUAUGUUUUACAGAAUCAGAGACUGAUGAGAAUCCAGGUGAAAGAGGAAGGUUAUCUGAGCUAUGUUGCAUUUAAUGGAGGUGUGGGUACAUGGAGGUAGCACUGUAUAGAAGGGAAUGUUCUAUAUGCAUUACAUCAGGGAGCUCGGAAAGUCUUAAAGCUCUCUACAAUGUAGAAAACUCUGAAUGUAUUGUAUUUAUUUUAUAGUAUUUAUGUAUUUCAUGGUCAUUUGAUUGAAAGCAGACUGUGUAGCUGUGAACAGAGUUCAUUCCUAUGUUCAGAUUAAAAAGGGCUCUUUGUAUUUGGUCUUGCCCUAAGACCCACUCUAUCAUCACUGAGUACUUAGAUAAGUGCAAUGUGCUGCAGACCAAAAAGAUUAUGUUUUAAAGCAA